AUGGAGAAGGCAUUUGAGCACGUGAACUGGGAUUUCUUGUUGUAUAUGCCUGGCAAACAUGGCUUCGGGAAAAGAUGGUGUCAGUGGAUAAAACAUUGUAUCACAAUUGUCAGAUUCUCUAUUUUGCUCAAUGGCACUCCUGAAGGCUUUUUCAAUAAUUCUCGAGAUCCCGACCAAAUUCGCUCCUUGAGAGCUCUCCUUUGUUUUGAAGUUGUCUCCAAUCUUACUGUGAAUUUAUCAAAGUCUGAAAUUGUUCCAGUUGGUUUGGUUAAUAAUUUAAGAGAAGUGGCAGCCAUCUUGGGCUGCAAGUUCGGGUUGGAUUGGUUGGCAAAUGGGCUUCUCAAAGCUUUUAUUGGAGAAUUGAAGUGUUUAGAGCUACAGGUGGAUGAUAGAUUCCUUGUGCCGCUUAUUGCUGAGAAGAACAAGAGGGCAUUGAGCCAAAUAUCUCUUGGUGGGAAGAGCGUGGAGCGGUUGUCCAAUGGCAGAUACGGAGGGAUUGCACUAAAUUAG